CAGGCGGCGGAGCGGGAGGUAGAGUGGCGCGUUUCUCUGGAUGCUGCUUAGACCGGCUGACUCUUCUCUUUGACCGGACUACCAGCGGAUACUCACCGUGUUACCGUCUCAUUUCGCGCCGUUAAGAAGAAGCGAGGACACGGCUGUUGUCUGUGGAUUUAUGUCUCGGCGUAUCUUGAUGUUUUGAAGCAGCAUGCUGCUCACUAAGCUCGGCUCCUUCUCUCACAUGUCGUCCAGUAUGGAUCUACCGGCGAAGCUGCAUCAAGCUAAAGCAGACAAGCAGCCCUUUGAGAAGCUGUACCGGCUGGGUUCGGUGCUCGGCAGCGGAGGAUUCGGCACGGUUUACUCGGCGGUCCGCCUCGCCGACGGGCUGCCGGUGGCGGUGAAACAUGUGUGCAGGGACAGAGUGACUGAGUGGGGCUCUCUGUGCGGCGCGGUGGUUCCUCUGGAGAUCGUGCUGUUGAAGAAGGUGGGCGGGGCGUUUAGUGGCGUGGUGCGGCUGUUGGACUGGUGGGAACGGGCGGACGGCUGGCUGAUGGUGAUGGAGCGUCCCGAGUCGGGGCAGGACCUGUUUGAUUACAUCACAGAGCGCGGCGCGCUGGACGAGGCGGCGGCGUGCGGCAUCUUCCUCCAGGUGCUGGAGGCGGUGCGUCACUGCUACACCUGCGGCGUCGUCCACCGAGACAUCAAGGACGAGAACCUGCUAGUGGACCUGAGGACCGGACAGAUCAAACUCAUCGACUUCGGCUCAGGGGCCCUCCUCAAAGACGCCGCCUACACCGAGUUCGAUGGUACACGGGUGUACAGUCCUCCGGAGUGGAUUCGGUUCCGCCGGUACCACGGUCGCUCGGCCACCGUCUGGUCUCUUGGCGUGCUGCUAUACGACAUGGUGUGUGGGGACAUCCCCUUCGAACAGGACGAGGAGAUCCUGAGAGGACGGGUCUACUUCAGACGCAAAAUCUCCUCAGAUUGCCAGCAGCUGAUUGGCUGGUGUCUGAGCCAGCAGCCGUCUGAGCGGCCGACACUGGAGCAGAUCCUCCUCCACCCCUGGGUGACCGGCAGCGACGGGAAGCACACAGACAGCGAUGGCAUCACAUUCCACACCAUCACAGCUGACUCCUCCUCCUCCUCCAGCCAGUAGAGCCUCUAAUUGGUCAACGCGAGGCUGCCUUGGAGGAAGUAGCAUUGACUUGAUUGACAGCUGCCUCCUGGUGGGGUUUGAAUGUCCUCGUGCGUCUGGCGUUGUCGCUGCGAGGAAGCGUUUUCUGGUGACGGGAGCGAGUCGUGGACACGGUUCAGGAUGACUCUGUGUUGCUCCACAGCGCUCCCUCCUGUUCACAGAAGAUGGAGCUGCUCUUUUUAGAGCCUCAACACCUGUCGGGUGUUCUUGUUUGUUUGAGUGCCUUGAAUUUGAAAGCUGCUAUGGGCGACGUGUUGCAGAUCAGGAGUUGAUCUGGAGGUGUGGAGGGUUCUUCAGAGGUUCCUUUAGUUCAGAUAAUAAAGUUCUAACAUAAAAUAUAUGUGGUUAAAUCAAAGAAGAAUCCUGUUCUUUUCCAAGGAAAAUGUUUUUUGUAUAGAGUGAUUUUGAUCUUCUCAUCUGACAGCAAGAAAAUGAAUAACAGGAUUUCCCAAAAACAUCUCCAUAAUUUUAAAGAACGUUUCCCUGUCCUCUGAGGAACCACCUUCCACCCGCCAAAACACAGCCCACCCACCCUGUGAUGUCAGCAAAGAGACGGGCGAAGACCCCUCACUUGCUGACGUGAAACACAUUCAACACACACACCUCUGUAGACUCGGGAGUCUCAGUUCUGAUACCAAAACAUGACUUUUUGAUACUUUUACUCUGCUGAGUAUAAACGUUUUCUUCAUGUAGCAAACAUAUCACAUACUUCAGUGUUUACUUUUGUCAGAUUACAAACAGGCGAGGACUUUUCCUGAUUAAAAUACAGGCUAAAAGUAACAAAAUUAUGAUUUUAAAUCCAGAAUUAUCUGAUAAAAGAAGUAAGUCCGACAGUUCUCUCUGGUAGCUGACGUCCUGACCCUCUUGAAGCAAAACUUUAUUUUUUUACAGUCGAGGUUCAUCAAGACAGUUGGUUGUUUUCUUUGUUCAAGCAAGGCUGGUUUUUUGGAUGUCUGUUGAUACGAUACCCGAGUUUCAGUAUUGAUUCCACAACGAUAUCUCAUCACUGUCUGAAAACAUAAUGUCCUCCAUCUUCCCUCUCCCUCGGUCUCUGAGUGUAAAAUGCACAGUCAAUGCAAAUAUUCAGUUUUGUAUUUUGAAUACACUAUUUGUUUUUUUUUUUUUAGAUUUUUUUAAAAUAUAUUUUCUACUUGCUAUGUUGUAUUUAUUUAGUAGUAGAGACAUUUCUCCUCCUUUGAUUGUUUAACUUUUCUAAAAUGUUUUUAAUUUUUGUAUUUUUUUUUUUUUUAAUUCUUCCUGAAAACAAGAAUAAAAUCAGGUUCAAGUUUGAGUUUUAACAAAUUCCUCAGAUGCUUAUUUCAUUUGGUGGUUUUUGCUGUUGUAUACAAUUGUGACAGGAAUAAAGAAAAUAUUUUUUUCAUGGAAAUCUUUCGAAUUAAACCUGUUUGAAUAUAAA